AUGCAAAAAGAGGCUAAAGGCGUACCUAUGGCUCCUCAAGUGCCUAUUGCUACUCAAGGACCAACCGCUGCUCCCGAAGCUAAAAAUCUUGCACAUUCGAGGUGGGCGAAAAAAGAGCCCAUUUCACUUCCUCUCGGGCAUGCUGUAGCCACACCCUCUGCCGAGUGUACCUCUACCGCUCCAGAGCCCCAAGCAGGGUUACUUAAGUCUAUUUCCAAUACUGGUGUUAGCUCUGGUAUCUCUCCUCUUGCCCCAUCUGCAGAAGUAAAGAAGAGUUCAAACACCCACAAAAAGAGGAACAAAAAGAAAAACAACGCAUGCCAAAAUCCCAACCAGGAAAAGCCUCCCACACAUGUUCAUACCGAGAAUGUUAAGGAUAACAAAGACUUUGUGACCAAUGCUCAACCACUAUUGGAUUGGUCUGAAGAGCCACAGGUUCAAGAACCUGCUACUCAGACUAAUUUCAUGGACCUUGGUCCAAAUACCCUUGGUGGCAGGGCUUUCCCAGGUCAAGGUAAUCAGAGCAAUCAACAAACGCUGACUGUUCUUGAACGCUUGCAAUCCAUGGUUCCUGUUGGGCCUGGUGCAUUCCUGAGACCAAGGCCAAGGUUUUACGGUUUUCAAUGCUUUCGUACCUUGGGCGCUACAGGAGUGUAUGGCUGUAUGCAUGGACCCAAUUGCUACUACGGCCACGAGGGAGAUGUUUACACCGAUUCCACUCACAAAUCUAGUCAUUAUGUUAACCGAUGGCAAACUGGCAUCACCGAGGCCGAAAAAACAAAACUAAAGAGUAUGAUGGCAUGGAGAGACAACAAAAUUAAAGCGAGAAAUCUUUUACAAAAUCCUACUUUCAGGGCGGAGCCUCGUAUUCGUGCUAGUGAUCUCGCAACCCCUUCACAUCAGACUUACCACCACCCUCAGGAGUUUUCUAUCAAGGCCAAAAAGACGAGAAAACGCCCCCAGAACCGCAAUGGCGCCCUCGAGGCUAACGAGCAUCAUCAGAAUUUCGAUCUCCAGCCUAAUGACCAGACUCAACACCAUCAGAAUCCUGCUUUCCAGAAAAAUGAGCAUGUUCACCCCACUGAGCAGUCUCAAUAUCGCCAGGAUUUUUCAUUUCAGAAAAAUCAAAACUCUCACCAUCGUCAGGAGUUUGCGUUCCCGUCCCAGAAUAAUAAUCAGAUUUACCCUCGCCGCGAUUUUGAUUUCCAAAAUUGGCAGUCUCGCCAUCAGGAUAUUUCUUUCUACAGUGGCGCGCAGCAGAUGGACCCGAUGGCGAAUGAUUUCGCCCCAUUCUCAAUGCAAUUUAGCAUUGCGCAGGAUUACAACGUCCAUCACAACUUCCAGGCGCAGCCUCAGUUCGCUUACAAUCAGGAGUAUUACGAUGGUGAUUUUGGGUCCCAAUAUCAAGCGUCUGAUACAGGUGCAUAUGAUAUGCAACAGUCCCAAGGUUAUAUCUCCGUACCUGGAGAUAUGAAUACCAAGAACAUGGAGCGGGUUCCCCGAAUCAACACAGAGGAUCUUGUGUAUAACUGGCAGCAAAAUAUCCCAAGCGCACUCAUACCUGCAGAUGACACAAAAUUCUCUCCUAUCGAUGAUGUGAAGCCGGUCAACUCUUUCGCCCUUCGACCAGAAGUUUCCGCAUUUGUGCCGGAAACAAAGAAGCAGUGGCCAGGACUUGAUAAGGGGCAGUACCCGGGUCACCCAUUUGAUUCUACGGGCACCUUGAUUCCUGGAGUCACCAGCCCAGGGUUCUUGAUCUGGACCAAUGCUGGAUACGGGUACUACGGAAACAAUGGCGUUUGGUACCCCUACCGCGAACCCACCGAUGAUGGUAGCGACGACCAGAAAGAUGUCCGUGGCAGCAAAAACCAGGACAGCUCGGAGAGAUCUUCGGCUGGCCAACCUCGUGAAGUUUAG